GCCGCCUCCUCCAGUGCUGCUCGCAGGUGGUGGAUAGAUCUCGCCGGGCCUCACAGUACGACCCGCCAUUGGCUCACUCACUACAAGCGAGCAAGGCCGCGCAAGUAAUCCAGUCCACAGAUUGAUCGAUCAAGAGAGAGAGAGAGAGAGAGCCAAGAGACCGAUUGGUUGGUAGGUGGGGGCGAGGGAAAGCGGCGAGAGCGAGAUUGAUGCGCGCAUGGCGCUGCGGGCGCGGGUGAUGGGGCCUGGCGGCGGCCGGCGGGAGCUGCUGCUGGUCUCCGCGGCCUUCACGGCGCUCCUCGUCGCCUCCAUCCUCCUCCUCCCGUCGCUCCUCCUCAGAACGCGGCCCAGCUUCCUGUCGUCCUCCGCCGCCGGCGGGGACCGGCAGCCGCGGUACCCGGUCUCGUUCGCCUACCUCAUCUCGGCGUCCUCGGGGGACGCGGCCCGCGCGGCGCGGCUGCUGGCGGCGCUCUACCACCCGGCCAACACCUACCUGCUGCACCUGGACCGGGAGGCCCCCGCGGGGGAGCACCGCCGGCUGGCGGAGCUGGUGUCCGCGCGGGGCGUGUACGCGCGCGCGGGCAACGUGUGGGUCGUCGGCCGCCCCAACCUCGUCACCUACCGGGGCCCCACCAUGCUCACCACCACGCUGCACGCCGUCGCCAUGCUGCUGCGCCUGCGCCGCCGGUGGGACUGGUUCGUCAACCUCAGCGCAUCCGACUACCCGCUCGUCACCCAGGACGACAUGAUGGAGGCGUUCGCCGGGCUGCCCAGGGACCUCAACUUCAUCCAGCACACCAGCCACCUCGGCUGGAAGAUAAAGAAGCGGGCGCGGCCGGUGAUCCUGGACACGGCGCUGUACGAGGACGGGCGGGCGGAGCUCAUCCGGCCGGUGAACAUCACCACCAACCUCCGGAGGUUCCCCACGGCCUUCAAGCUCUACACAGGGUCGGCGUGGACGAUGCUGUCGCGUCCCUUCACGGAGUACGUGACGAUGGGGUGGGACAACCUCCCCCGGACCCUCCUCCUGUACCACGCCAACAUCAUCUCCUCGCCGGAGUUCUACUUCCAGACGGUGGCCUGCAACUCCCGGCGGUUCCGCAACGCCACCGUGAACCACGACCUGCACUUCAUCCGGUGGGACAACCCGCCGAAGCAGCACCCGCUGCACCUCACCUCCAGGGACUACCGCCGGAUGCUGCUCAGCGGCACCCCCUUCGCGCGCAAGUUCCGGGAGGGCGACCCGGUGCUGGACCGGAUCGACCGGGACAUCCUGCGGCGGCGGGGGCCCGGCCAGUUCGCCUACGGCGGGUGGUGCUCCGAGUCCGGGGAGGGCGGCGCGGCGCUGUGCGGCAACCCGCAGGAGCCCGGGAGGAAGGGGGCCGUCAAGGCCGGCGCCGGGUCGCGACGGCUCAAGGCGCUGCUCGGCAAGGCGCUGGCCCCGGGGAAUCUCAGGAGAAAGCAGUGUAGGUGAAAGAAAUUGUUUUUUUGGCUUUGCUUUCUCUUUUAUUUACAGGGCGAGGAGGAUCAAACAUGUCAUGUAUGUAUAGCAAAAGGAACGGCAUGAAUUCGAGGCAAUUUUGGUUCCCUGAAAUUCUGAGGUCAAAUUUCAGGAACUCUACAGGUUAUCUGCUGAUUAUAUUAGCGAAGAGGUCAUUCAUUAGUUUGACAGAGCUAACAUUCAGCUCGUGUACUUCACUCUCUCGUGUCAGAAAACAAGCAUGAAACACUGUACAAGGUAGAACUGGCUGAUGAAAUACUGGGCGCCCGUUUGUCUGUA